AUGCUUUCCAAGCUUGUGCAUUUCUUCUACGCCCUACGGGACCUGUAUGCACGGGUGCGACACGGCUGGAACACCCUGUGCUACAUUCAGGCCCCUCUCCGAGUGCCGCGCUCAACGCUUAGCCCGGUUAUGGACUUGUUCCUCUUCCCCCCGCCUACAGACCGACACGGCCGGCUACUCGGUCCAGCAAGCGCGAACGAUGCUGGCCAGCUGCUCGAGAUGAUGAUUGCCGUUGGGGAUGCCUGCAGCAGCCUGCAUGUGUCCCGCAUCGAGCACUUUGCCGCCGGCCCGGGCGGUAGCGAGUUCCUGGUCGUCCGAUUCCGCGACGUCGAUGCAGACGGCGUGACAAGUUUCAUGAUCAUCGAGGGGAUGGAGGGGCGGCCUGACGCGCAAGGGCUCGCGCCUGAGCACGUGCUUGUUUCCCGCAGCCGCCUCGACACCGAUGUCUACGUCAUCAAGCCUGGCGCGGCGCGGCUCGCCACUGUCGACGUUGCGCUGACGCUUGCACAGGUCCUUACGCUGGCCCGGAGCGUUCCCGGCCCGGUCGGGGGGCUUUCCUACGUGCGCGUACUUCUCUGCCUAGUCCACCGCGUGAUGGGCUGUGACGACAACAACACACUGGUUGACCUCAGUGAGAUGGAGGCAGCCUUCCGGGCGUGUUUCACGCACUUGAUGGGCCGGGUUGUCGAAGUGCGCACAUAG